AUGGCGCCUGUUUUGAUAGCUCCCGUUCUGAGCCCAACGCACUCCAGUAUGUGCACACCACUGAGGACGAUCAACGACAGCCUCAGCCACAGACGACGGUACAUGAAACACAACUUCCCCAUCGAGUACACCAUCAAGGUAAAUAGGGAAAUCUUUAGACUGUCAAAUAUCAGCCGAAUGAAGUUAAGAACAGAGGGGUUGAAUGACCUGGUUCUCCAGAGGCUGUGGUUUCAAGUGUAUCAAGGUGUUUUAAAAAAGAUCCUCUGGGUUUUGCCAACGAGACAUCCUUCACGUCCUUACACAGCCGAGUUGGAAAGACGCUUCAAGGAUGCUCAGGCAGUCUUUAUGCAGUCACAUCCUGCUGAGGUCUUCCAAGAGGACCUUCCAGAGAAAAUCCAGGACAUUUGGGAUAGUUUAACAGAAAAGCCUGAAAACAUGCCAGAGUAGUGGCGAUUUGCUACUCCAAAGUCUCUCUUGGACAUGUGCCGCACCAUGUACUGCCUCUUCAGUGAAUGCUCCAACGCAGAACGUCAGGAAGACUACUGUGAAGUUUCUCAUUGGCGGAAAGGCAGGAAGAAGACAUGCAGCCCGAAAGCUGAGAAGAAGCAAGCGGAGUCAAGUUGUCCCUAG